AUGGAGAAUAGAGACUUACCCGAUGCCCAGAUCACAGCUUCCAGUGAGUACGACGCCGCACACGGCCCAUCCAAUGGCAGACUCAAUUUCAAGGCUGGAGGAGGUAAGACUGGCGCAUGGUCUGCCAAAACAAAUGACGUUCAUCAGUGGCUACAAGUGGAUCUUGGGCAAGAAAUGGAAGUGCAGGCAAUACAAAGUCAAGGAAGACAAGACCGUUAUCAGUGGGUCAAAAGCUAUACUGUUUCCUACAGUAAUGACGGGAUUACCUUCACAGCGUAUGCCCAAAACAGGGUAUGUAGAGAACACAGUAAAAAGUGCCGUAAAACCAGCGAACGAAAUAGGUAUUUGUAUGGUUUAAGCAAAUUCAAAAAGCUUCAAACUGUACCAAUAUUAACCUUUCAGACCUAAAACAACCAACAUGCAAUCACGGAAGCCAUAUAACAGUGACUCCCUCUCAGCCCCCCCCCCCCCCCCCCCCCCCCCCCCCCCCCCCCCCCCCCCCCACCCCCCCCCAACACACCACCCACCUGCCUUUACACCUCCUCAAACAAAGCAACUACAACUACCCACACUCUUCCGUUUUCUCUUUAAGAGUGGAAAACCAAAGUCUUUUUGUUAUCACGGAGUCUGCUUUGAAAAGCAAUCGGUUCAAAAGUCAACAGAAAGUGUAGCUCAUUUGCUGAUAAUGCAGUCGAUAACAAUAUUGAAAAGGAUGAUAACCAACGUGCUUUUUACGUUAAAACAGUCCAGUUUUAUUCCAUUUCUGCAGGUCUUUCGGGCAAACAGAGAUCAAAACUCCCUGGUUUUAGGCCUGUUUUCACCAUCCAUCAAGGCAAGGUAUAUUCGUGUACAUCCUCAAACGUGGAAUGUCCAUAUUUCCAUGCGGAUUGAGCUCUUGGGUUGUCCAAUAGGUAAUAAUUAUUGUCUUUACAACUAAUAGUUAACUAAGGAUAUAAAUUGUUUUGCAUUGAAAUCUCCAGUGGAGCAUUGAAACAGUUAAGCUAAAGGCUACCUAUAAGGCAAGCGCAGCCAUAUCCUAAAAGCAAGUCAUAACCUACCUCGCGAGGGUUGAAAGUAAGUAGGGGAGGAUGGAAAAGGGUAGGUGAACAAGUUACGACUGGGGUUGAAAGGUUUGAUCAUCGAAUCAGUAAAGAAGGCGUUUUUUUUCUUUUUCUUUCUUGUUCAUCGAUACUGGCGCAGCAAAGAAGAAAUUGCACAGCAACAGCGAUAUUAGGUUCAACUCUCGAUUGAGAACAGUUGUCUUCUAAAAUAAGCUUGCCGUGGAUGAUUCUAUGGAACAACGGACAUUCUAAAAGAUAUUGUUCUUGCAUGUUACGUCGACCCCUCUCGUUGUUGGUUCUGGUAUAAACCAUGUAAAAAGGAAAGGCAAAAUGAAAUGCACAGAAUGCGGACGCCACAAAAAAGGGAAGGGAUAAAGGGAGAAAAGCAAAUGGGAAAAAGUAGAGGGAGCCUUUCCUUUCUUUCUCUCUCAAAUCUCCUCUUCUUUCCCUCUCUUCCCUCCCCUUUGGACGCCUGCCACGCCGGUCAGUUUCGCAGGGUUACAAAAGGUCAAAUGCAUGACAAGCGAGAGAACCAAGCAUGCAAAGUCUGCAUGUGAAUGACCUCCGGUGAUGUGUAGCAGAAAUACAGGCAGUCUCUAAAUAAAUUUUAUCACAUAUGCACAGUUUGUUCAAACCCUCUCGGGAUGGAGAACAAAAACAUACCCGAUGCACAGAUAACAGCGUCGUCCGAGUACAACAACAGAACACGUUCUUACUAUGGGAGACUGAACCUCGAGGCUGAAGGAGGCAACGCUGGUGCAUGGUCUGCAAAAUAUGAUAACUACAAUCAGUGGCUACAAGUGGACCUUGGAGAAAAAACACAGGUGACAGGAAUUAAGACCCAGGGACAAGAACGCGACACCUGUCAGUGGGUGAAGAGCUAUACUAUCUCCUACAGUAACGACGGCAUCGCCUUCACAGCCUACAAGCAAAACGUGGUAUGUAGAGAACAGAAAUUGACUUUUGCCCUAGAGAUGUCUGUAAUAGAGGUAACCACGAAAUACCGCGAAAAGGGCACCCCUGCCCCACGAUGCGUCAAAAAAUGUAAUAAGAUAUAAUAUAAUUCCACAAUAUGUACAGUACAGUUGAUAUUAAGGAAGGUAUUGGUACAUUAGUGUCAACCGUUCAUAUAUCAUAUCAACCUGACUAAACGGUGAUUAACGUUUUAAACACUCUCAGCACGUUUUGUUUCAAACACUGCUGUUCUUGUUUUAAACAUUACAUAUAUUAUAUGGGCAGUCACAGUUAAGAGAGAACAGUUUUCACUAGAUCAUUUUAUACUUUAACAAAUAAAAAUCGAAUAGGCCAUUUCCGAGUGUUCCCCAAACCUCCGUUCAAAGCGAGAUUAAGUGUGAAGCCAUUUAUAUGAAAAUAACUUUCUAUUAUCGUGCAAACGAAACACGAAAGGGUUUGCAAUUAACCUCGUUUUGAAAGUGAGGGUUUUUGAACCUUGGGAAAUGGCGUAACUCUACACCAUCUGCAUCAAGCAAGAUCAUCAUGUCUGAAAUGGUCUCUUUCUGAAGAAUUAAGUAAAUAGUAUUCGGCUUUUAUUUCCAAACGUUGCCGCCGUGGGAUUCCAACGGUGCUUUCCUGAGCCGGGGGCCAAUGUACAAGGUUUUGAGAGAAAAAAUAAUGGUGUUUGGGAAAAGGAGUAACAUGACGCUAGAUGGUUACUUACAGGGAGAUUGCCAAAGAAGUCGAUGGUAUUUCAUUUAAGUCUUUGUAAAAGUCAAUAUUAAACGCGGCUUAAUCGUAAGUUCAGCCGAUAAAUUUUGUACUGUUUUAUGAUGAAAAGGAUUGAGUGACUAUAUUAAGGUUAUCUCUUAUAAAAUAUAACUGUUAUCCUCUUUUCAAAACUGCAGGUCUUAAAGGGAAACAGUGACCAUGACACAGAAGUGUUGCACGUUUUUGUCCCACCCAUUCAAGCACGCUACAUCCGGAUACAUCCUAGAAAGUGGCACGAGCAUAUUUCCAUGAGAAUGGAACUCUUAGGUUGCCCGCCAGGUAUUGGUUAG